AUGUCAUAAAGCUAAUAUUAAGAUAUAGAAUUUUUAGUUUUCGGAGAUUCAAGUAAAUGAUGAAUUUUUAAAUUAGAUGUGGGUAAAACUUCACUUCUUAAGUAAAUAAGUGGAGAAAAAUUUGAAGAAAAUUAUUAUCCUACUACAGGAAUAGAAUUAAUUAUAAAAUAAAUAUAAAUUGGAGAUGAAAUAUUGAAGUUUCGUUUAUGGGAAUUUCCAGGAUAUUCAAAUUUUAAAUAGUUUGCAAGAAUGUAUUAUAAAAGGGCUCAAGGACUUAUAUUACUAUAUGAUAUCACAGAGUAAUAAUGUCAUUUAAAUUAAUAAAGUUAUUAGUCAUUUAAAAAUAUAGAAAUACAUUUAGAAGAAGCAAUUUAACAUCAUGAUUCACUUUUGAGUAUCAUUUUAAUUGGAAAUAAAGUGGAUAAAGAUAGUAAGAGAUAAGUUUCAAUAGAAGAAGCAAUGGAUUAUGCAAAUAUAAAGGGAAUCCAUUUUAAGGAAAUAAGUGUUAAAACUAAAUAAAAUUUAAAUUUAACACUUGAAUAAUGUAUAAUUGAUGUUAUUGAAAAAGCUAAAAUUUAAGGUAUCGAAUUAAAAGUAAUUUAAUAAAUCUAUUACUAUAGAAAUCUCCUAAUAAUAAUUAAGAGACUGAAUCAUAAAGUCUCAAUAUAGUAAAUAAAUUAAAGUAGAAUCUGUAAAAGUGUUAUUGA